AGGACCAACCAAUGCCAGGGGUGAGUGGGGCCUCGGGCACCGAGUGACCCUACCACUGCGAUUCGAGGCAGUGGACCCCUGCGGACACAGAGCCGGAGCAGGGGCAGCCACUGGGAACAGAGUCCUGGACAGGGUUUGAUAUGUGUCCAGCAGCUGCCAGGGUUGUGGAUUUCAAGGUGCUGGAUGACCCCUACGAGAGCUUCAUGCGCUACCACCUGCAACACUACGGCUAUUACACAGAUCGCAGAAGCACCCACUCCGGGCCGAUGAGGGAGCAGAGCUGGCAGCGGGACGGGAGCCCGACCCCAAACCAGAACUUGCCGGAGUCCAACAACAGCAGCAGCACCGCCAGUGAGGAGGAACCCCAGCGGGUGAACUAUUCCUUCCUCAAUGAGUACCAGUUGUUACGGACACGACAGCUGGUGUUUGACUACCACGCUGGGAGGCAUGUCCCCCGUUUACGGGAACCACGCAAUCUCUACCCUGUGGCUGCAGGAAGCCCAAUACAGCCCCCCCGCUGGCCAAUUGAGUGUGAGGUCAUCCGGGAGAAAAUGCACCACAUUGAAUGGACCCCACCGGAGCCGGAGAGGCUGUACCAGCCCAGCCAGCAGGAGCACAUGCCCACCUGCUUGGGGGAUGAAGGGAAGAACACGGUGUUUGUCAUCGAUGCAGCCAGCAAAGGUUCUUACUUCACGUUUUCCCGUGUCGGAGGUCGCCGAGGCCCUGUGCGCCUCGCCACGGUUGGUACGAGCGGUAAAGACUCCAGCACUUUGAUCUUCGAGUCAAGGUUUGAGAGCGGAAACCUACAGAAAGCCACCAGAGUCGACACCUACGAGUACGAGCUCACCCUGCGCACUGACCUCUACACGGACAAGCACACGCAGUGGUACUACUUCCGCGUGCAGAACAUGCGGCCGGGGGUCAGCUACCGCUUCACCAUCGUCAACCUGAUGAAGCGGACCAGCCUGUACAGCCAGGGCCUGCGGCCGCUGCUGUACUCCGAGCGCGAGGCGCAGCUGAGAGGGGUGGGCUGGCACCGGGCCGGCGGCGACAUCCGCUACUACAGGAACAACCUCAGCAGCCCGGAGGGCAGGAGCCUGUACUCCCUCACCUGGACCUGCCUGUUCCCCCACGGUGACGACACCUGCUUCUUCGCCCACUCCUACCCCUACACCUACUCCAGCCUCCAGCGCUACCUCAGCGCUGUGGCCGGCGACCCUGUCCGCUCCCGGUACUGCCGGCUGCGGGUGCUGUGCCGCAGCCUGGCCGGCAACCUGGUGCACCUGCUGACCAUCACCUCCCCGGGCGGCAGGCAGGACGCCCGGCCAGCCAAGCGGGCGGUGGUGGUGACCGCCCGGGUCCACCCCGGCGAGACCAACGGCAGCUGGGUCAUGAUGGGCUUCCUGGACCACCUGCUGGGCCCCUCCGAUGACGCCCAGCUCCUGCGCGACACCUUCAUCUUCAAGGUGGUGCCCAUGCUGAACCCGGAUGGCGUGGUCGUUGGGAACUACCGCUGCUCGCUGGCAGGCCGGGACCUGAACCGGAACUACGGCACGGUGCUGCGGGACUGCUUCCCUUCCGUGUGGCACACCAGGAACAUGGUGCAGAGGUUGAUGGAGGAGCGGGAGGUGGUGAUUUACUGCGACUUCCAUGGACACAGCAGGAAGAACAAUGCCUUCAUGUAUGGCUGCAGCGGCAACCAGCUCCCUGUGCAGCCCCUCGGCGAGAGGGUCUUCCCCCUGAUGAUGAGCAAGAACGCAGCUGACAAGUUCUCUUACCAGAGCUGCAAGUUCAAGGUCCAGAAGAGUAAGGCAGGCACAGGCCGGGUGGUGAUGUGGAAGAUGGGGAUUGCUCACAGUUACACCAUGGAGACAACCUUCGCUGGAUCCACACUGGGCAACCGCAAGGCCACCCACUUCAGCACGGAAGACCUCAAGUCGCUGGGCUAUCACUUCUGUGACACACUGCUGGAUUUCUGUGACCCGGACCACUCGAAGUUCGAGCAGUGCCUGGCGGAAGUGCGUGCAGCUCUACAGAAGGAGGUCCGUCAGCGGCUGGAGAGGCUGGGGCGCGAGUAUAAUUCGGAUGUGACGCUCAGCGAUCUCACUAUCUCAGACCUGGAGUCAAGCACCAGCGGAUCGAACAGCACGGAGUCAGACGGGCCUCCCGCGCACUUAAUGAGGCUGGCAGCAAAGGUCCACCAGAAGAAGAAGCGGCUGAGGAGCAGGAAGGAAAGGAACCGACUGCGGCAGCGUCACCUCCUCGCCAGACCUUCCCCGCCCGAUCCACUGAGGCACCCGGCGGCUUCGGGCAAGAAAAGGUCCGAGGAGAUCGAAUGCCCGGUGAACUUUGAAAGGGCAGGGAGAGCCAAGACGAUAAUGGCCAAGGUUCAGCUGCAGCACACGCACAGGGACCAAGUUCUGAAACCACGGCCCUGGAUUCCCAACACCACAAGCGGACUCUCGGUUAUCUGCAGUGUGGACACCAAGAGCAAGACUGCUUGGCUUGAGGCAAUGUCCACAGCUUACCUGCGCAGGCAGCACAACGCUACUCCAGGGCAGAAAUACGAAAAGUUUGUGUGGGACAAUGGGGAACCCAGUCCCGUGACCUCACAGCAGCGAGCUGUGUGCCAACGCCACGCCCUUCCCGUGAGCAUUGUCGACCAACAGUCCUGGGAUCCGCCACAGCAGUCCAGCACCCCCAUCAAGCUGCACCCGCUUCCCUUUGACGCCGAGCUGUUGUGCACAGAUACGCUGCGGCAGUGCUUGAGCGACUACAGCUGGAAACCAGGUGGUUUGCCUCUGAGACGUAUUCCCUCCGCAACCCUAAAUCGACCUCUGAGCACGUACUCAGCCCCGGGCCCCAGGACUCCGGUAACAAAUCGGCAGCUCGCGUCAAAGUCGGCUACUCCUCACCUGGAGGAACCGAGGCCGCCGGCGCCACUGGAAGGGCUGAGUCCAGCUGCCGACGGACUGAUAGCCAGGCCAGACACCAAAGUGAGACCCAAGCCAGUCACCGCUGCAGAGUCGGGCAGUCCCUCAGAAUGGCGGACGACAUCUACUCGCUCCAGUUCUGUGGGAUUGGAGCUGACGGAUGAGCCCAGCGUGGGAAGGGCAGAGUCUGCCACAGCUGAGGAUCAUCUGCACAUCGGGGAGACAACCUCUCUGCCCCCAGGCAACGAGGAACAGGAGAUGGCUAUGGGAACUGAGGUGUCAUCGAGGAAGAAUAUCGUCAGCAAGUCUCCGAAGAUGGCCCAGAGUAGCAGUGGAUCCAGGGUACAUGGGUCUGAGAGGGGGAAGCGGGCGCCACCGGUCACGCUCAGCAUGGCCACAGCCUCGCUGGUCAGCCUGGACACCGUGCCAGAGCAGGAUGAAGAUGUGAAUAACAUUGAGGAUGGGCUCUACAAGCUCACAGCUCCAUUUGAACCCUAUCCAUCCGCACUACAAGCCAGCGACCCUGAAGUGAAUCGCAAGAAAAUUAAAGCACAGGGACUCCCGAGACUGAAGACCAGGGCCAACAGGCUCUCACUGCCCAAUGGUGUGAGCGGGACACCGGUGGCGAUGCACCAGACCGGCAGGGGACCUUUGGGAACGAGGCAACCUUCGGACCCCGCUGCCGCGGAAGACACGGACGGGCCCGGUCAGGUGCUGAGCAGGAGGUCGCCAGAGCCGCAGGACAAGGACCCAGGGUGUAAGCGGCUGCAGAAGGUGGAGCGGAACUCGCUGGCAGAGACCCUCGGAGACCAGCUGUCCGUCGUGGGCCUGCGGCAGGAGAACCGGCAGCAAACCCGCCCAGCAGAGUCUCCCAGCACCGGUGCUGCCACCUAACCAAUGGACCAGGUCUCCCUGUUCCACUGUCAUCUCCUCAAACACCCUGUUCCCCCUGAACCCCGCACAUUCGCAGCAACACCCGCAGCAGCCCCAACGUUUCCCACUGAUGUAUCUUUGGAGGCCACACAUUCUUUAUGGGUUGACGUUAAAAUGAUUAUAUUUUUAUAUCUGAUCUGUUCUCAUGUCUGUGUGUGCGUGUGAUAUUUGUGCAGUGUGCACUGUAAGUGAAGACCUAAUUCUGUAAACCUCUUGUUACCCAUUUACUGUGGUACUGUUAGUGGUCUAGCAAAGAUUACACGUACACAGGGAAACCGAACAACCCACUGUUAUUGGUGCAUGGGGAAGACCCCCUGCCAAACCUCACCUCGUGAUACAAACCUUCCACUGAAACCCCGACCUGAUUCCUAGAUGCCUUGUGCACCAAAUUCCAUUCCAACCCCUGCACCGUGCCCUGCGUCGGAUCCCGGUCCCCCUCCCUGCACUGUACCCUGCAUUAAUCCCUGUCCCUGCACUGUUUCUUGAAUCAAAUCCCAUCACUGUACUGGAUUCACUGAAUCCCUGUGUCAGGAUUGAAUUCCGAUGCUUGUGUCUCUAACCGAUCCCAGUUCCCUUACCCACUCUCACCUUUGACUGAUUCCGCUGAUUUGACUCAGUUCAUCUGUCUGCAAUGCUGCCGUGUGACCGAAUUGCAAUGCCUGCCAAUCCGUUGUGUGUGUAACAGUCUGCGUGCUGUCCCUUUAUUGAAUUCUGAUCAUGAAGCUCCCAUUAUCACAUGGAUUGAAUGUGAUACUGAAUCCCAGAUUCUGCACUGACUGAGUUUACCACAAAGCCCUCGGUCAAUCAGUAACGAACUGUACCAACAGGAAACUUCCCACAGCACCAUUGCCACAGUCUGGCUUUCAACCCAACAUGAACAGUUCGACACAAAAAUCGGCAACUUCAGCGGUAAAUGAACCCAUGUGGCAUUAAGCACAUUGUGACGGAGUCAUAGAGCUCUACAGCUCAGAAAUAGGCCCUUCAGCCCGGCUCGUCAAUGGCAACCAAGUGGCCCACCCAAGCUAGUCCCAUUUGCCUGCAGGAGACACAAGGGACUCUGCAGACGCUGGAAUCUGGAGCAAUACACGAAAAGUGCUGGAGGGACUCAGCAGGUUGGGCAGCA